CAAUUGACUUAUAUAUCGUUAUGUGUCCUAAGUCCUCUGUGAGGGAGCAAAUGAAAUGGGUAAUAAAAUUGGUAGGGCGAUAAAGAGUAGGAGAGGGUCAAAUUUGGGAGAAUCCGAUGUCCAUGUCCAUGGUUUUGGUUCGGUGGUGGACAGUGCCAUAAGGACAGCGUCAAAUGCAGGAACAGAUGUCUAUAGUUUUUCUGAGACAGUGGACAAUCCGAUGAGGAGUAGCGGUGCGCCAAAUAACCUUCAUGUCCAUGUCCAUGGUUUUGGUUCGGUGGUGGACAGUGCCAUAAGGACAGCGUCAAAUGCAGGAACAGCUGUCUAUAGUUUUGCUGAGGCAGUGGACAAUGCAAUGAGGAGUAGUGGAAUUGAUGAGUCUGUCCAUGGUUUUGCUUCGGCAGUGGACAAUGGCAUCAUGAGUAGUAACUUAGAGGUUUCUGCUUCUGCUUUAGUUGAUGUUCACAAUCUGUCGCCAAAUGGAAGUGGGUGGCAAAAGGGCGAUUUCUUAGGAAAUGGCUCCUUUGGGACCGUCUAUGAAGGCUUCACCGAUGAUGGAAGCUUCUUUGCUGUAAAGGAGGUGUCUUUGCUGGAUGACAGAAGCCAGGGCAAACAGAGCAUUUUCCAACUUCAGCAGGAAAUAUCUCUUUUGAGUCAGCUCCGACAUGACAACAUAGUUCGAUAUCUAGGCACAGAACAGGAUAAUUAUAAGCUGUAUAUCUUCCUUGAGCUUGUAACAAAAGGAUCAUUAAGAAGUCUCUAUCAUAAGUAUCGUUUAACGGACUCUCAAGCUUCUGCAUACACAAGGCAGAUUUUGAGUGGCUUGAAGUAUCUUCACGAUCGUAAUGUGAUUCACAGGGACAUCAAGUGUGCCAAUAUAUUGGUUGAUGCAAAUGGUUCCGUCAAGCUUGCAGAUUUUGGUUUGGCAAAGGCAACCAAGUCGAAUGAUGUUAAAUCAAUUGGAGGCUCCCCGUACUGGAUGGCCCCUGAGGUUGUCAAGUUAAGGAAACAUGGAUAUGGACUAGCAGCUGAUAUAUGGAGCUUAGGAUGUACAGUUUUAGAGAUGUUGACGUGCCAACCUCCUUACUCUCAUUUGGGCAAAAUGGAAGCGCUAUCUCUGAUUGGCAAGGGUCAUCCUCCACCUCUUCCGGAAUCUUUGUCAACAGAUGCCCGAGAUUUCAUUCUUAAAUGCUUACAAGUUAACCCAAACAAACGCCCAACUGCUGCUCAACUAUUGGACCAUCCAUUUCUAAAGAGAAUUUCGUAACCAGUACCAAAAACUCAAAACAAAAACAAGUUUUGAAAAUAAAAAGGUAGACACCAUUAAUAUUUAUUUCUUUAUUGGAACAUAUUAGAAAACCCAUUAAAUUUAAACCCAAAAUUUGGGAUUGAGAAA